AUGACAGAGAAAAAAGCUGUGAUUAAGAAUGCUGAUAUGUCGGAAGAAAUGCAAGCUGAAGUAGUGAAAAUUUGUGCUGAAGCUUUGGAAACAUAUAACAUUGAGAAGGAUAUUGCUGCUUUCAUUAAAAAAGAAUGCGACAAGAGAUACAAUCCAACCUGGCAUUGUAUAGUUGGCAGAAAUUUUGGCAGUUACGUGACCCAUGAAACCAAACAUUUUAUCUACUUAUACCUUGGACAGGUCGCAAUUCUUGCUUUUAAAUCUGGAUGA